CACAAAGGGAUCAAAUUCUGGACCCAAGUGUGUCCCCAGUGAUGACAUCGCGAGGACGACCUGCCUACCUAACCUAAUAUAUAUCUACCUCUCUGUAUUAGACAAAACUUGCUCAUGCACUUCUCAUGCCUCAUAUUAUUUACUGUCUUGAGGAAUCCGCAAGUUCAUAUUCCCAGAAUUUCUAGACUCCAUUUUGAAAGGUCAUUUUGUGAUGAGGAUUGCUCGGUGCUGGAAUUGUUUGCCUCUUGAACUACGUAUUUUCUCUCACACAAACAAUGUCUUUCGUCUUAAACUUCAACUUUAUUUUGCCAGUUUGACUCACUUGUAGUAGUAAGUAAGACUAAGAUUUCACCUCCUUAUUAUCAAUUUUUUUUUUUUUAUGAUUGAUUUUAUUACUUACCGUAUGCUUAUUCGUGGUACUGCUGAUUGGGACCUACCUACGUUUUCUAUAUUAUUUAAUUUAGAAAUUUGAACUUAUGGCUGGGGAGCCAAUUAUGUGAUUUGGAUUGUAACUUUUAAUUAUUAGUUUUAAGUCCUUUUGUAAACUCAGGGUUUUUAUUGCUAAGUAAUACAUAUUUAUAUUUUGGCCUUUAAGGCUUUGUAUUGCUAUAUUGAAUAAAUAAAUAAAUAAAAUAAAUAAAUAAAUGCAGCACUAUGCCGCUCUUAAUGAUUAUUGGCGGCUUUUAGUCCUAUUGCAAUAUUUUGAAAUUUCUUUAGACCAAAUUAAGCAGUUGGUUAAAUAUUUCACCAUUCCAGCAAUGGGUGAACAUUUGCUAAGAGCCUUGGUCUUUCCUACACAAAUAAGCGAGCGCAACACAGGCCUUAAUCGCCGCACAAGUCUAACAAGACGUCAACUGAAACAAAAUAAACAGCGUAGAAAGGAAAAUAAAACAGCUGUUACCACCACCUCUAUGGAAACAAUGACAUCUUCGUUUGCUUCUUGCCAUGAAUCAGCGGGUAUUGUUAAUGAUCUGGAACCCAACAAUGAUCGUUUUGUAGCCGACUGCAGUAAUGGUGGUCCCGAUCUCUUUGCUCUUAUUAUACUAUUACAAACGCCAACAAAAGCAAUGAUAACGAAGAAAUAG